AUGUUAUCAUCAACCUUUUUAAAGAUGAUUGUAAUCAGUUUAUCUGCGACUGCUACUGCGAUAGCUCAAACUUACAGACUCUCAUGUGAUCCAGAAGUUCAAAAUCCAGCAGGUUGUUUUGACUAUGGAUAUUGCGCUGCUGGUGGUUUUUUUAUGAGUUGUGCUGGUCCACCUGCUGAUUGUCAAAGUGGACAUUCAUAUUGUUCUGAAAAAUGUAAUUGUAUUAGGAAUUAA